UGCCCAUCCUUCUGCAAUAGAACACUCGCAACUCCCUUCACCUCGUCUACUUGCCUCAUUCUCGUCGCUCUUUAGCCAUUGUUCAACUUCCCAAGGACCCCGAAACAAGUUCUGCUAGUGAGCGCUCACGCGAGCUCGUCCGACACCUUUCGCGAUCUCCACUGGUGCUUCGGAACCAUGAAGACUGUCGUCACGACCCUUUUCUCUAUACCUUUAUUAUUAGCACAGCUCUCGGCAGCUGCAUCAAUAGAUUGCGAACACAUCCGCGUCGGUGGGAAGAAGUUCGAUGUGUCGAAGCUCGCCGGACGACAUAAUGUGACCGUACACGAUACCUCAAGACCGCCCGCUGAGUACAACACGACAUGGUCGCUCGACCUUUGUGCACCUUUGAAGAAGAUCGACGGAGUCCGUGAUGCAGACCAGUGCCCGUUUGGAACAAGAGUCUGCGGAGUGGUGAAGUCGUGGAAUCCCGUGGACGACCCAGAGCAAAAACACGUCGAGGUCGAAAACGUGAUUCCUGUCGCUGGCAACUUCGAUUCAAGUACGGGUAAAAGUCUCGACCCGAAGGUCACACGGCUCAAAGAACAAGACGUGAAUGCCGAUGGUCUGCAAAUUGAAUUCAAUGGCGGUUACUACAACAAGCGGAAGCAACGGGCUGUGAUUCAAUUACAAUGUGAUAAAGAGAGAACAGGCAACGAAGAGAGGAGAAAGCGGAAGAGAGAUGACAAGGAAGAGGAAGAGGAGCCGUCCACAUCGAGCCUGACAUUCGUAAGCUAUGGUCCGGUCGAGGGCAAAGAGCAGAUGGAUGUCGUCCGAUUCAACUGGAGAACGAAAUACGCUUGUGAAGACUAUGCGGACAGCGACGAGGCCAAGAAGACCGGUUGGGGUCUCUUUACUUGGUUUAUCUUGAUUGCAUUCCUCGGUAUCGCCGCAUAUCUCAUCUUCGGCUCCUGGUUGAAUUACAACCGCUAUGGUGCCCGUGGGUGGGAUUUGCUGCCUCACGGAGACACUAUUCGCGAUAUUCCAUACCUCUUCAAGGACUUUUCCAGGAAAGUUGUGGAGACUGUUUCUGGGGGUGGGUCUAGGGGAGGUUACAGUGCUGUAUGAUCAGGAUAUGAGGUUUUAAUGCCCAAGAACUUGUAGAAUAAUAAAAUAUGGUAAAAUAUGGCGUGGGUGCAAUCAGCCAG